AUGGAUAUCGACUCCUUGAAGGAACAGUGGUCGGAGGUCGAGGAUCGAGAUGGACUCCGUCUUAGUUGGAACGUCUUUCCUAGCUCUCGCAUGGAAGCCUCGCGCCUCGUUGUACCUAUCGGUGCAUUAUAUACACCUCUGAAAGAGAAGCCCGACACUCCUGUGUUGCAGUUCGAACCCGUCAUCUGCAAGCAACCAUGCAGAUCCGUACUGAAUCCCUUCUGCCAAGUAGAUGUCCGAGCACGCCUCUGGAUUUGCCCCUUCUGCCUGUCUCGAAACCCCCUUCCACCGCACUACAAGGACAUCACUGCAAAUGCGAUCCCCCCCGAGCUCCACCCAACAAAUACCACCAUUGAGUAUCGGCUUUCGAGACCUGCGCCUAGUCCGCCUAUUUUCUUAUAUGUCGUGGAUACCUGCCAGGAGGAGGACAGUUUGGCAGCUCUAAAGGAAUCUCUGGUUAUGAGUCUGAGUCUCCUACCAGAGAACGCUUUAGUAGGACUGGUAACAUAUGGGACUAUGGCACAAGUUCAUGAAAUUGGCUAUACGGAAUGCCCCAAAUCAUACGUAUUCAGAGGUAGUAAGGACUAUUCAGCGAAGCAGGUGCAGGAGAUGCUGGGCCUGUUAGCACCUGGUUUAAGACCUGGCAUGCAACAGCAGCAACCUGGCCGUCCAAUGCCGCCGAUGGGACCAGCAGCUCGAUUCCUCCUUCCCGUACAACAAUGCGAAUUCCAGCUCACCAAAGCUCUGGAACAACUCCAAAAAGACCCCUGGCCAGUCGCUAGUGAUCGGAGGAAUCUCAGAUGCACAGGAGUUGCUCUUAGUGUUGCUGUGGGGUUGUUGGAAUCUUCAUUUCAAAAUGCCGGUGGUAGAAUUAUGCUGUUCACUGGUGGGCCUGCAACAGAAGGACCAGGUUUGGUGGUUGGCCCUGAACUAAGAGAGCCCAUCAGAUCACAUCAUGAUAUUGACAGGGAUAACAUCAAAUACUACAAGAAGGCUUUGAAGUUUUACGACAACCUUGCCAAGAGAACUGCCCACAAUGGUCACAUCAUCGAUAUAUUUGCUGGCUGUCUGGAUCAAGUUGGGUUAUUGGAAAUGAAAGGGCUUGCAAAUUCCACUGGUGGCCAUAUGGUCUUGACAGAUAGUUUCACCUCAUCAAUGUUCAAGCAGUCGUUUGUUCGCGUUUUCGAGAAGGAUGGCAACGACAACCUUCUCAUGGGAUUCAACGCGUCUCUCGAAGUCCUCACGACAAAAGAGCUGAAGGUCACCGGCUUAAUCGGACAUGCGGUAUCUAUGAAUAAAAAGUCGACAUCGGUAGGCGAAACGGAGUGUGGUAUUGGCAAUACCUGUUCCUGGAAGAUGUGCGGCAUUGACCCCAAUGCUAGCUACGGAAUAUACUUCGAGAUUGCUAGUCAGGGAGGACCAGCCCAGCACCAGCAAACACCACAAAAAGGCAUGAUGCAAUUCCUGACAUACUACCAGCACUCCUCAGGCCAGUUCCAUCUCCGCGUUACCACUGUAUCACGGAACCUUAGUGGGCCAGCUGGAGACCCAGCCAUUGCCCAAUCUUUUGACCAGGAAGCUGCCGCUGUCCUUAUGUCCAGAAUUGCUGUCUUCAAAGCAGAAGUUGAUGAUGGCCCAGACGUCUUGCGAUGGGUGGACCGGAUGUUGAUUCGACUCUGUUCUCGGUUUGCCGACUACCGAAAAGAUGAUCCAUCUUCAUUCCGCCUGGAAAAGAACUUUACUCUCUAUCCUCAGUUCAUGUUCCAUCUGCGGAGAAGUCAGUUUCUUCAAGUUUUCAACAACUCACCCGAUGAAACUGCAUUCUACAGACAUGUUCUCAACCACGAGGAUGUUAGCAACUCUCUGAUCAUGAUCCAACCUACACUGGAUUCCUACACUUUCGAUCAGGAUGGUAGCCAACCGGUUCUGCUCGACUCUACUUCUAUCCAGCCCACCCAUAUCCUGCUGCUUGAUACAUUCUUCCACAUCUUGAUCUUCCACGGCGAGACUGUCGCAGAAUGGAGAAAAGCUGGCUAUCAAGAUCAGGAAGGAUACGAGAACUUCGCUUCUCUUUUGGAGCAGCCAAAGGAGGAUGCUAGAGAACUUAUCACUGACCGAUUCCCACUGCCGCGUUUCAUUGUCUGUGAUGCCGGUGGCUCGCAAGCUCGAUUCCUGUUAUCAAAGCUUAACCCAUCUACCACUCACACAACAGGUGCCUAUGGAGGAGUCGGCGCUCAAACAGCACAGACCAUCUUUACUGACGACGUUUCCCUUCAGACUUUUAUGGACCAUCUUAUGAAACUUGCGGUGAGCGGGACAAACUGA